AUGAUCGUAUGGUUGUACGUACUUUCUAUGUAUUCAUGUUUUGCUGGAGUGUUCAGCCUAAGAUGUUACUCAAGUCAUCAUUAUAGCCUUCCGCUGGAAAAUCUUAAUGAAGCGGAAGAGGAGAAACUAGUGGAAGAAAACUCAUCAGCAUGUGUUAUUCAAUCCCAUGUGGAUUUGAUUUCUGGAACAUUGGCCGAAAUUGAAAUGUAUGGAAUGGCAAACUGGACAUACGAAACCGUGAAGGAGAUGAAAGCAGCGGUCGAGAUAGAAUGUGCCAAUAAAUCCACCACUGAAAAUUUUAUGCACCUAAGAAAAUACACUUGUAGGCACAGCGACUUCUGUAACACUCCCGAAGCAUUUGUGAGAUGUUUGUAUUUGCGAUAUUUUACUAGAAGAGAAACAGGAGAAGAUUUGAAAAUUACUAUCGCAGCAAUGAUGAGAAAUUAUUUUCCUCCUAAAGAAAAAAGAGACUUAUAUAUGAGCAACAUUAUUGGAUUUCAAAUCUUUGGUGGACUAACAAUUUUGUUCAUGCAUGCUAUCGUAUGCAUUCUUUUUUCAAAGUAG